AUGACACAGAAUGUGAAGCAUUCGGUGGAUUUGGAGUGCAGUGAGAGUAAUAGGCCGUCCAAGAUAUCAAAAAUCGGUCAUCCUAAUCACAUUGACGACGAAGAAGAAGAAGAAGAAAAAGGGAUGAGUCAAAACCCUAGGAAUGGGAUUCAACGAUAUUUGAUUGCAAUCGAGUAUAUCGGGACCCGCUUCUCCGGUUCUCAAAAGCAGCUCAGUUGCCGUACCGUCGUCGGUGCUCUUGAGGAAGCUUUUUGUAAAUUUGUUGGUCAACAAGUUUCUGUCUCUUGUUCAAGUCGAACUGAUGCUGGUGUUCAUGCAUUGUCAAAUGUUUGUCAUGUGGAUAUUCAACGAAUAAGCAAAAGGAAGCCUGGUGAAGUGUUACCACCUCAUGAACCUGCUGUGGUUGGAAGGGCUGUGAACCAUUUCUUACAGAAGCAUGACAGUGACGUAACAGUUAUUGAUGUUCGAUAUGUUCCAUCUGAUUUUCAUGCCAGAUUCAAAGCACAAGAGCGCACAUACUUCUAUCGUUUGCUGUCUGGCCCAGAGCCUUUGACAACCUUUGAGAAAGAUCGAGCAUGGCAUGUAACUGAGGAGCUUAAUCUUCCAGCUAUGCAAGAAGCAUGCAGGGUUCUUGUUGGAUGCCAUGAUUUUAGCUCCUUCAGGGCAGCUGGUUGUCAGUCAAUAUUUUCCUCUUACAGGCAAAAUCACCGAUUAGAACUUUGGAUGAACUCAGUGUCUGCGAGCUACCCCAGCAACUGUGAAACUGACAUGCCUCCUAGUUCAAGUCCAAACAUUGAUAAAGUAACCACAUCGAGUCAAGAUGUAGGAUUUGGCAAAAGAAGACGUCAUCGUUGCCUGGUGGUAACAGCACGAGCACGUUCCUUUCUUUACCAUCAGGUUGGAUUACUUGUCGGUGUUCUCAAGGCUGUUGGCACUGGAAACUUAACAAUUCCGGACGUUGAAAGAAUUUUGAAUGCCAAGAGUGUUACUUCCACAAGUCCCAUGGCCCCGGCGUGUGGUCUCUACCUGGGAGAGGUGAAAUAUGAUCUACCUACAACUUCCUAG